AUGCAGAGUUUGUUUGGGUCCCCGAUGCUCAAGAAGAUCCUUCUGAAAACACUGAACAAAUUUCUUGGAAGUUAUGUAGAGAACAUAGAUAAGCACCAGCUUGAGCUUGGGAUAUUCAAGGGAUAUGUGUCUGUAUCCAACCUAAGAAUCAAGUCUUCUGUCAUCUCAAGAUUGUUUGAAGGGAGGGUUAUUUCGAACUGUAUAGGGACUCUUCGAGUUCUUGUACCAUGGAAGAGCUUUUCUAGGAAGCCUAUUGAGAUAUACAUAAAGGACAUUGAUAUCAAGCUCGGAAAAGCUGGGUUCUGCUGGUGCUUUCUUGAUGAGAAGCCCUGCAUAGAAUGCGUUAAGUAUGAGAAAUAUGAGUUUAUGAGUAAGCUUGAUAAGCUCAGUGUCCUGUCUGAUGCUCGAGAGGAGAGCCCUGUAGUUUUUGAGGACUUGAUUAUGAAGGAUGGAUUCAGGAUUCUGAUUGAAAAUGUGAAUUUGGAAUAUGUGAGUGGAGAGUCGAUCGGCCUUAAGAUUCAGAAGCUGGAAUUCAGUAGAAAAGACCCAAAGGAGAUGAAGAAUGGAAAAGUGGUGAACAUCAAUGGAGUAGAGGUAUCUGGAGGAUCGAAGGUGGCAGGGCCUUUCAAUAUUUGUGGCAAGGUUUGGAUGUCGUCUAGAGAUAUGAAACCGAAGAUUGAGGUGAAUCUAGAUGGUUUUCAUGUAGAGAUGAAGCAACAAGUGGUUGAAAAGAUCCUAAGAGGUAGUAGAGAAUACAUUGAAGAUAGAGUACGGUGGACGCUGUUCAGAAAUUACUUGGAAUACAGACAGAUAAUGAAAGCGGCUAGGGAAAUGAACUUAUGGGAAGACCAGAAAGACCCAGCAAACUCUGAAAGGAGUGGAGUGAUAGAGAUAUGGAGGCGGCUUAUCAAGCUACAAAAGAAGGCCAUUGAAUCAAAAGGUGUUUUGUUGGAGGAUGUAAGUAAGAUAGUGAUAAAGGUAAACGAGUACAGGGAAAUUCUGAAGGUUUCGAAGCUGUCUCCUAGUGAGGUGGAAAGGAAGAAGAGAUAUGAGAAAGAGAUACAGUUUGAGAGACUAUUGAAGAUAAAAAGAAGUCAUUGCAGAGAUUCUGAGAGGAAAUCAUGGAAGAACCUUCUGUCAUUUAUAAGAGAAGGGAGUAGUAAGAAAAGAGAAUCGGUAGGGAUCCCGGCUUCAUUCAAUGUAGGGGAGGUAAGUAUGAUGGUUACUGAUGAGAAACACCAAGGAUUCAAGAUGGUCAUUCCCAAAGGAAGAGUUAGUACAAAGAAUUUACUUUCACCAUUUAAAAUCGACUUCAAGGGAAAUGAGUGGAAGCUGUACUUCAUUGAUGCCAGGCGCAAUGAAUAUGAGCCCCACAACGAGUUGAUUUCCUUCUUACUGGAUGUAAGGGGGACUCUUACCCAUGAUGGACCCAAUAUGUAUGCCAAAGGAAUAGCUAGGGAGUUGAGAGUAUUGAAUUAUAGAAGAGAACUUCCUCAUUGUUUCGAGAACCUUAUGAAGGUUGUAAGGGAGUCAUGGGUUCCCUCAUACCAAUCAUCGGGAUCUAAAGGUAAGACAAGGAUUGAUCUCAAGGUGGAUAUGAUUGGCCUUGAGUCUGAUCUAGAAAGAUUUGUUGGGAUCGAGCCAUCAAACAGAUAUGGCAUUGAAUGUGGAGGAAUGGUUUUUUCGUAUGUGAAUGACGGAAUAAGCAUUAAGAAGGCAGCAUCACUAACUGUAUCAUCUUCUUCUGUUUAUUGGAUUAACCCCGUGUCUAGAGAAAAAGAGGCUCUCUCAAACAGAAUUGAGACAUCUGUUCUGCUUGUUGACAAUGUGUUCUAUGUGAAAACAUCAAUGGUGGAUCUCUAUGCACAUGGAGUAUGUCCGAAUGGUUUCGAAGGGAACGGAGUAGUGUUUCCUGUCGGGUUUGUUGUUCCAAACUUCGAAGUAUGUUCUGAUGCCAUAAGGAUCAACGGACCGAAGGGAAUGGUCGAGCUCCGAAGGAUCAGGAUGUCUGGAAACGGGGGAACCAUAUUUGAUAUAGAGAUCUUUAGAGGAAAGAUAUUGAAUGAGGCAGGAAGAACCGUGUGCCGUAUUCCUAGGAUGAAGGCUGAGGCCAGGAUUGGAAAGGUUCUGCUUUUGGAUAUCAAAUACCUAAGGAUAUGCGGCAUGGCUAGAAGAAUCAGCAGAUUUGUGCACGGAAUGCCAAGGAUGCCAAAGAGUGAAGUGUCUACACAAGUUAUUUUCAAGGUUGGGAAGGUAGAAGGGGCGAUAAAAUGUAAAGGAAAGACCUUGAAUAUUAGUGUGAGUGAAUAUUUUGAGGGUUUGGCUAGAAGUGUGAAUAUGAGCCUGGACGAAAGUAUGGCUGAUAUAGAAGAUCUUGAGGUUGGAGAGGAGUACAAAUGCAAGUCUGCGAUGGUAGUGAUAAACAAGGAGGAUGUCAAGAGCUUAAAGGCAUUUGAAAGGAUACUUGGAAGAAUGGGAAAUGAUGUGAGUACCUUUAAAGCUACUAUAGGGGCACUCCUGAUCAGACUGGUAGAGGGGUUGGAGAUGGAAGUGAAGGACUUCCGGAUUUUCAAAGAUGAAGUGAUAGGGGCCGUAUGUCCUUUUGAGAUCUCAAUAUCUGACACGGACAUGAGUGGCAUUUUGGGUCUAUCAUUUGAUAGGAAGAAAUCCAUGAAGAUAGGCAUCAACAGAUUUGAAAAGUCCUGUGAUGGAACUACUAUUGAGGGGAGUGUUAGGGGAGAGAUUGAUGAAAGAGUUCUCAUCAAGAUGAAAGAUCAGCUAGAGGGGGUUUCAAUGCCAUCAGGUACAUCUGAGGAAAGGAGUAGUAUUUUAUUUGACAUAUCUCUUGGAGUGGUGUUUUCUGAGAGAUAUCUCAAGAUAGAGUGCCCGCUAAUUCUCUUCAAAAAGACGGAUUGGUGGGAAGUAUCCAUGAAAGAAUUAUCUGUUGUGUCUGAUGAUGGAGAGCAUAUAAGUUUAUUUGGGAUUAAUGCCAAGAAUGGAGAAGGGGCUACUGAACUCUUUAUAAGUAGAAUAGAGAUGUGUCUUGAGCCUUUCAGGUUUGCCUCAACACUUCAUCCUCUCUUGAGCACUGGAAACGGUGUAAGUUGCACAGAAAGCACAGAAGUCCGUAUAGAUGAAGUAUGUAUAAGUAACAAAGAAAUGGCCGAAAUAAGAAUAAGAAAUGUAAAGUACAAUGAAGAGCUAACCUUGGAUCUUUCUAUUUCGAAUGAGCCUGGAAGCAAAGUGACAUAUAAAAAAGUGAAUAGCAAUGGGGCCGAGAGCUUUUUUCUAUCUAUGGUAGGUGGAUGGUAUGAGGCGAAUUCCUUGAUCACCACUGUCUCCUUCUGCUCCUCUGAAUAUAUGAAGAUAUGCAAGAAGUUCGGGAUCCAGAUGUCAAAAGAACGGUUCCAUGUAUUGGUUAUGGAUCUUACGGUAAUGGUGGAUGAUUCCACAUCCCUUCUUAGAAUCAAUCUUCCUGUUGGAUACUUUGACAUCCAGGAGUUACAUUCACUCAGAGGAAGGAUCCUCUGUUCAUCUGCUGUCUACAACCCGAAUUCCAUGGAAUUCGUUCCUUUUGUUGAAGAGAAUGUCUUUGUUGUAAAGAAGUGUGGAUCCCUCCUAGACAUCAGAGCACUUUCAAAGCUAAGAAUAUUGUAUUUACAUGGAAUUACAAAUGCAAUUGUUGGUCUUUUUGGCAGCAAAAGGAAUGGGCUAAUGUCUAAGAGAGAACCACUUUAUUGUAAAAUCAAUGUAAGAAACAUAACCUGUACACCACUGUGGGUUAAGACUAAAAAGCAAGUCAAAAGAAUCAAAAACGAGGAGUCUGAUUUUGCCAUAGGUUAUGAUGAACAUGACACUUGUAUCGGAGAAGGAGAGGCGGGUGCUUCGAUCUGCAUUGUAGACACCUGGACAUCUUUGUUUGUAUCUGAAGGGAAGACCUUUGUGAUUGAUGUGCUGUGGAACGGGAAGUCAAGGAUCAUGACAAUUACGUACAAGUUAUCGUUUCUCAACCUAUGCAAGAUGGAGAUAAUGGGAAGAAUGCACUGUUUGGAUGGAACCAUUGAAGAAGUAGCAAUGCCUCCCGGCCUUUAUUAUACAAUUCCGCAAGAAGAGGGCUUCUUCUUGGAGAUAGGAGCAUACGGAAAGUAUUCUGGUGUUGUGAAGAUAGAUGCAAAUACUAUUGGAAGGGAUGGAAGCAGGAUUUUUGGAACGGUGUGCAGGCUAGACUGGAUGGUGGUGGGGGUUGACAUAAUCAUAAGGGAUGCCUCUGGAACGUCUUCAAUUCUGAUAAUUGUUUAUCCGACCUUUGAAGUGAUGAACAGAACAACAUCCACGCUGAACCUAAUGUUUUCUGUUGGCAAAGAUGAUGGAUAUGUGGACGAAGGAGGAGUUUUGAGAAAGAACAUUCCAUUUUUUAUUGGAAAGGAUUGUAGAGAAGAUGUAUAUGACAUCGACUUCUCUGAGAUUCCAUUGGUUUGGAUACAGAACCUCGGGAAUCAAUCCAAAGCCAGGAUAUUUCAUAGCAAGCCAUCUAUCUUGAUUGAGCCAGGACAUUCUGGAGAGAUAAGAAAGGAGAAGUGUGAGAUAGAUACUUUCUUUGGAAAGCAUACUCUUAUACACAGGAUUCGAAUGGGUAUCUGGCCAUUUAUAGUGGUUGAAAAUCAUCUUGGGAAUGAAGUUUACAUUAAUGGGACCAAGUUUUGCCCAGGAACCUCAUGCAGCGACGAGAUAAAAGUUAUCUACAAGCUGUGUGCUGGAGAAUAUAGUACUGAUGUGCAUAUAACCGUUAGGAAGAAAUUCGUCCGAACCAUUGCCUUGGAAAGAAAGAGUAAUGGGAUUCAGAAGCCUAAAAGUAUCCAUGAGGGACUUGUGUGGACAAAUGAGGCCAUAUUCGGAGGACUUGGACCAAGAAUAGGUGUUUACCCUAGGACAAUCCGCCUUCUUCUUGGGUUCAAAGAAGAAUCAGGGAGAAGAACAAUUGAGCUCAGACAUGCUCAUUUGAUAAAAAACCAAACUCAGAUGAGACUUCUAGCAGUGUCUGAACAGGUGUGCUAUUAUGUGGAGCCCUGUGAAGAGGUGAUCUUCAAUACAUCUACAAAUGGAUUCUACUUGUUUGAUCCGGAUUGCAUGGACAACAGAUCCUUAAGGUCUUCUGGAGCGUUCAUCCCGUUAGACAUCAAAACGACAGAGUACUUCAAAUUGCAAGGGUCCGAGACUGUUCUACUCAGUGUAAACAAGUCCAGAAGCUUUGGGCAGUAUGUAUUUAGCAUAAGAACAGAAACGAACUGGCCAUAUAUGUUAUGCAAUGAUACAGACAUAGACCUGAAAUUCACACAAAACCAUGACACUGUCGAACAUGACGUGCUAAGGGAUUCUGUGUAUAAGUACGUAUUAGACAGUCUUGUACUUGAUCCGGUGAUAUUGUUAUGCAUUGAAGAUAAGAAGAUUCAACUGGACUUGAACAAGGACGGGGUUUUGUUCACAUCUGGAAUCAUCGUGUCUAUAGCCCAAUCUGGCACCACAAGAAUUGUUCGGGUUUCCAAAAGAGAUAUGCUUGGUAAUGAGACUAGGGAUUAUCUGAAAAUAGUGGUUGAUGGUUUGGCCAUGUCGUUAGUGGAUAGGGAAGGAGAUGAGGUUGUUUGCGGACACCUAAAAGGGAUGGAGAUCACGUUGGAGCGUGUUUUAAGAGAGAUAGAGAUGCCUAGAGGGGGAUCGAGUAUGAAAUAUGUAGAGUGGACGGUUGGAGCCAUUGUUGAAAGCAUACAGGUGGAUAAUCAGAAUGUAUUUUGUGUGUUUCCUGUUAUCCUCCAUCCUCUCGAUAAGAGCCUUAGAAUGGGAUCUAAGAGAAAAAGUGAUGAUAAAUUCCUUGUGUUUGAGCUUACUGUUGGAAGCUCAGCUCAUCAUGUUUCAGUGUCGAAUUUGUAUUGCAGAAUACAGGACUUUGCAUUGAACAUUGAGGAAAGCCUGGCCAUGAAUGUUAGCAAGAUGCUUGCACAAGGAGAGGACAGGGUGAAAGGGCAGGAAGGAAACAUAAGGAUCCAGAAUCUAAAGAUGGAAAGAAUAAGAGCAAAAGUCAAUUUCCUCAAGGACGUGGAGUCUGACUUUAUCUCUAAUGUUAUGGGGCUUCUCAUAAACAAUAUCAGCGACUUUUCUUUGGAAAUAGAUGGAAUGAAGGAGAGUUGCUUGUACACCACUUUUGAGGAGCUUAAGGAUGUUCUGACCAUUUUCUACAUGACUCAGCUCAAAAAGAAUCUUUACAAAGUUAUUACACAUCUCGACCUUAUUGGGAACAUAGGAAGCUUUACUGAAUCAGUGUCUAUGGGGAUCAAGGAUCUUCUCACCGAACCCACCCUAGAUACCAGUGUUACACAUGGAAUUGUGAAAGGAGGGAAAAGUUUCUUGAAGAACACUAUCUAUGGUGUUUCUAAUACUGUUGGGAAGUUCUCGAAAAGUAUAGGAACAGGUGCCAGAUUUGUGGGAUGUGAUGUAAAUCUUAAACAUGCAAAGGUUCAUCAUCCUUAUUCAUAUGACGCAUGCCUUCUUGUGCCUAAGACUCGGAACUCCAAAGGUUCUAUGAGAGCUAUACUCAAAGGGACGGGGAACUUCUUUGAUUCCAUAACACGUGGAAUGGCAGGAAUAGCAAUAUCACCUGUUGAAGGGGCUUCACAAGGAGUUGCAGGUGUUGUGAAAGGGCUGGGCAAAGGGCUCCUUGGUGCCUUUACUAGGCCCAUUGCAGAAGUUGCAGAUCUUAUAACCGACAUUUCCGAUGUUAUAAAGACAUCGAUGAAUGGCAAGAUCAAAAGAAUUCAAUAUCCAAGGCCCACUAGGUUUUCAGGCUGGCAUGAUGAAGGCUUGAAUCAAGGGUUUUAUAUAUUCACAGCUGUUGUCAAAAAGACCCAUGAAAAGGAAAGAUUUAUUGACGGGACAUUUGGAGACUUUAAUGGAAGAUGCCAGCUCAUUCUGACUACCGAAAGACUACUAGUGUCUGAUUCCAUCAGUAUCCUUGAUGUGAAUCUCGAAAGUAUAGUUGUUGAAGAGAACACCUACAAACUAAGGAUCGGAGAGUUCAGCAUUUCUGUUGAAAGACCUUCUUUUUCAACUUCGGUGAGGUUAGCAAUAGAGAGACGUUACCAAGAGCUAGUCAUAAGAAAUGAAACAUAA